CUGGCAUUCUACCUAUUACAUUUCUAUGGCACCAAUACGCAUCUGCAUCCCAUCGCUCAAGCGGCCGGAGAACACAAGAUACAGGGAUGAUGAUUAAUAUACCGAGAAACUGUGUUAUUACAGACAACAUCUCACUUAGUUUGGAAGGCGGUAUUUACGCCUCAUCUUGGCAAAAGAUGCCGACCACGGCAGGAGAGGCUACCUUGUAAACGGGAGAGAGUUGUAGGACGCAAAAAGCAGCUUGUGUCUGCAGACAAAACAACGACUGUGGGACUCUGUGCGGAGCUUAUAGAGCAUUAAGAACAGAAACUAAUCCUGCGCAUUGGUCAAAACAUCAAAACUUAGAGCGAUUUUAUAAAAUAAAGAUGAUGUUUGUUUUAACGAAGACUGAGCAGCAGUAGGAUUGCGAUCAUUCAGUGUCAUUUUAAUUGUAGCCUGUGUGAAAUGGGAGCUUUGACAAGCCGUCAGAAUGCCGGAGUCGAGGAGGUCGAUAUACCGUCCAGUUCUGUUUACAGAUAUCCACCCAAAACCGGGAGUUAUUUCGCUAGCCACUUCAUAAUGGGAGGAGAGAAGUUUGAAUCAACUCAUCCUGAAGGCUAUCUCUUUGGUGAAAACACUGACCUUAACUUCCUGGGCAACAGACCAGUAGUGUUCCCAUACAAUGCCCCCCCUCCUCAUGAGCCGGUCAAAACCCUCCGCAGUCUCAUCAACAUCCGCAAAGACACUUUGCGACUUGUACGGUGUAAUGAAGACAUGAAGCUACCCGGACAGGAAGCUGGGAAGAGCCACAGCUGCUACAAUAUUGAGUUUACCUUUGAUGCCGACACACAGGUCGCCAUCACUAUAUACUAUCAAGCCAUUGAAGAGUUUCACAAUGGUGUGCCAAUAUACUUGCCACAGGACAGCUCUCUGCAGUCAGAGACGGUGCAUUUCAAACGCGGCGUCUGCCAACAGUUCUGUUUACCUUCUCAUUACGUCAACCUGUCAGAAUGGGCAGAUGAAGAGCUUUUGUUUGAUAUGGAUAAAGAAGUCUUCCCCAUGGUUGUACAAGCAGUAGUGGACGAGGGAGAUGAUCUUUUGGGACACUCGCAUGUUCUUCUCGCAACCUUUGAGAAGCACAUGGAUGAAAGUUACUGUGUUAAACCUCUAAAACAGAAACAAGUGGUGGAUGGUGUCAGUUACCUACUGCAAGAGAUCUAUGGAAUUGAGAACAAAUACAACAGUCAGGAAUCAAAGGUUACUGAAGAUGAGAUCAGUGACAACAGUGCUGAAUGUGUAGUGUGUUUGUCUGAUGUGCGGGACACACUUAUCCUACCCUGCAGACACCUGUGCCUGUGCAACGCCUGCGCAGACACACUGCGUUACCAGGCCAACUGUUGCCCCAUCUGUCGACUACCAUUCCGCGCUCUUCUGCAGAUCCGAGCGAUGAGGAAAAAAUUGAGCCCGCUCACCCCAACCGGAUUCAACCCCGUCAUUACUUCCCACACCUCAGACUCAGAGGAGCAUUCGGCAUCAGAGCACAUCCCACCAGGCUAUGAAGCUGUGUCCCUGUUAGAGGCCUUGAAUGGGCCCCUGAACCCGUCUCCAUCUGCUCCUCCGCUGCAGGGGCUCACCAGGGGCCAUGUUUCUGGAUCUGUGCCCACAUAUGGCAGCGAUAGCCACCACACGCCUGCACGCUCCCUCUCUCCACUAGAACACUCUGUCAAUUCCAGCCAGAAUGUAAAACACAAAAAAAGUAGCACUAAAUCCCUUUCCCAGAGUUCUUCAGUGCUUCCUGAGGAAGAAGAUGAGAAAUCAUGCAGUGAGUCUGAAGUGCAAACGUGUAGAAGAAAACUACAUGUAGAGCAGCAAGAGUCUGGGGUAACCCCAGAAAGUGACAACCUCACCCUGUCAUCCUCGGGGGCAAUAGAUCAGUCGUCCUGCAAUGGGACGCCCCUCUCCUCCACUAUCACCUCUCCAGAGGAUCCAGUAAGCAGCAGCCUGACCCAGUCUGUGAUGUCGAUGGCAUCCUCUCAUAGUCAGCAUUCACAAAUCAGUACCGACUCACUUUCUUCCAUGUCUGGAUCUUACAUGGCUGGGGCCGAGGGAGAGGAGGUACCUGAGACACCUGCAGACAGCAGGGCCCCAUCCCACCAUGAGGGUGAGGAAAUCCCAAAUUUGGAGGCAAAAGGGCAUAACUUUGUGGCUGCCAUAGAAGAACAGGAUUCAGAGGGAAAUGAUGUCACAGAAGAAGAUUGUGGAUCUCCCACCAAAGAACAGGGUGGGCGCAGGAGGAGCGAGGUGCCUUGUCCAGAGUUUGACAAUAACAAUCAGGGACAGUCUGACACCCACAUUAUGACAGGCCUGGACAAUGAGCAGCCUCCUGACGGCCGAUUCGCUGGUCUGUUAUACCUUGACAUAUACCGUCACGGACGAGAUCCUUUGACACACCAUGCGUCCACCAGCAACAUCAACUUGGUGGAGCCGGAGGUCACCAAUGAGGUGUCAAACCCAAAGAAUAAAUCUCAUCGUGGACAUCUAGCUGUGUGAAAUCCUCUUAGCCACUGUGCUGUCCUUAACCAAGAACAGACCUACAUUACUUCUAGGAGGUCUUCAUGCCACCCAAACUUGUGUCUGAUUGUAGAAAUUCUCAUGUUUCACAUCCUACAUGCAAACCAGGGCCUUGGAGGAUGAACUGUGUGGUUUCCCCUCUCCAUUGUUCUAAGUGUUGUGUUUUCAAUAUGUUCAUACUGUAAAGCACCACGUUUACACCAACGCUCUGCCCUCCUCCGUGUGUACGAGCUGAGGGAGGACUCGAGCAGCUCUCCUGAUGAAAUCUUGAAAAACGAGGUCUUGGUAAAGACUCCAGCCUCUGAUCCAGGUAACACUCCAGUAUCUAACAACCAGGCGAAUUUCACGGCUACGCUUUGUGAACGCUCAGAUGAAACAUGUUGGCACUGUAUUUCAUCUAUUAUAUUUAACUCACAUAAACACGAAUCAUCAUCAAAUCCUGUUAUCUGAAUUAACAACAAUUUUGUCAGGCUUGUUCAAUAGAACACCCAUUAGUCGUUUUGAAUACAUACCUAUAAUAACUAUAGUGACAUCACUUCGAAUUCAAAAAUGAAAAUACUGUCAUUAUUUACAUGCCCUCCUGUCCUUUCAAACUUGUUGAGCUUUUAAAUUAAAGGGGGACGGUUCAAUUAUUUACUCACCCUCGGGUUGUUUCAAAUCUGUGUAAAUGUAUGUUCUGAUGAACAGAGAAAGAUAUUUGGAAGAAUGCUUGUAACCAAACAGUUAUUGGACCCCAUUGACUAUCAUAGUAGGAAAAAUGACAAUGGUACUCAAAAGUGCCCCAGAACUGUUUGCUUUCCUACUUUCUUCAAAAUAUCUUCUUUUGUGUUCAACAGAACAAAGACAUUUAUAAAGCAUUUUUUUCCUACUAUGGUAGUCAAUGGUGGCCAAGAACUGUUUGGUUACAAGCAUUCUUCCAAAUAUCUUCUUUUGUGUUCCCUCCCUUCAGAGGGAAAAUGAAUCUAAACACAAUUUUAAUCCUAAACAUUUCUGCCCUCGUAGUUUGCUGCAGCUCACUUUGAGCGAUACAUAGGGCCCUGCAUGUCACAAAUAUACAAAGCUACCGAGCUGCCAGACCUGCAUCACACAUCAUACCGGCCACGGAGAAGACACUUAACUGCUUAUCGCUGAGCCUUUUGAAACAUUUUGUACUGGGGAAACCUGCCCAUGAGGUCCACAUCUGUGGUCAUAUAUCUCUGCUGUUAAUGGUAUCCUAAAUGUAACAAAGCUACUGUCAAGAUUUUCGUUUGUUUAACAAGCAGGUAUUCAUGUCAUGUGUUAGGUGCAAUCUAGCAUAUACAUAAGCUACACUUUAGUCAAUUUAUAUCCAAGCCUAGUAAUUACAGAAAAAGCAAAGCUAAUGUAUUGUAGCUCUUCAAAAGAGUCUCAUGUAUUGCUUUUGAAAAGUGUUGCACUUUUGGGGAUCCAGUGUUUACUUAGUUCUUAAAGUCUUCAACUGUAAGACAAGAUGUUGAAACGUGUGCCACAACUUAACAAUUGAUAGUUGUUGAACAGUUCUGCCAAACAUAUUUAAUACAAAUACGACCUGUUUUUCUGUGGGUUCACUUUACACAAUUCCUUUAGUCCUUUAGACAGUUGUCUGGCUCCUUUGUUUAACUGUCUGUACAACAGAGAGGAUUAACAGUACAAUCAUAUAUCGAUAUGUCUUCAAAAUGACUCCUACUUUAGAAAACAACCUUUUCAUUUGUGUGUAAAAUAUUUUCUUUUCUAUUUGUUUGUUAGAUUAGCUCUUGUUAUCAAUGUAAAAGUCUGUUAAAUGUGUCGUUUAGUAUAUAUGAAUGGUGUGAAAUUGCUCCAAACGGGAUUGUGUACUUUACACAUGCACUAGUAGAUUUUUUCUCCCUAGACCGCAAAUGCGGUGCAUGAGGUAAGUGCAUGGUAGUUGCAGUCAAGAUAAUAGAAAUUUUACAUCUCUCGUUUGCACUAUAUGUCUAGCCCUUCCACACCAAGCUUCCACACGCAAACACAUACACACUGUAAUCAAGAGGUUUUAACUCACAAGACAAGCAAUACACUGGCAUAACAGCACGCUGUCUUAGAGGCAAUACAGAUAAACACUGUAGCCAUGCAUUGAAUGUUUUACAGCGGAAUGUCAAAUUUACCUGUAAAUUUACUUGCUUCUUUUAAGCGGCCCAGAAACGAACAUGCAUUCAGCAUGGAUAUAUUCAAGGGUUUUCUCGAAUUCUGUUAUCUGUAUUGCUUUUGUGAUUCUGUUUUGUCCUCUUUCUGCACCAGAAGGAUUGACACUAAUCUAAUACUAUGUUAGGAAUGGGUUCUAUCAAUACAUCAUCACUUUUUUAGAAUGAAGAUUACAAAAUGUCAAACACACAAUAAACCUUUUGUUA